AUGCUGGACUCCGGUGGCCCCCCGUGCGAGAGAUUUUUGAGCAUUAGUUCCCUUAAUCCGUAUGUACACCGUUGGCAAAUCAAAGCACGGGUGGUGGACAAGAGCCCGUUGCAGACGACAAAAAACAACAGCAAAUUCUUCCACGUUGACGUCACGGACUCUGCAGGUGAUCUAAUCCGAGCCAAGUUCUGGGGCGACGCCGCUGAGAAAUGGCAUGGGGCUCUCGAGAAAGGCAAAGUGUAUUGCUUCUCGCGCGGAAGAGUCAAUGUGGCGAACAAACGCUUUUCGACUCUCAGUAACAACUAUGAACUCUCCUUCUCAGCGGAAGCAGACAUCAAGCCAGCAGAGGACGACGGGUCUAUCCACGCCAAAAGAAGCUUGUGCUCGAUGCCUCUUCGGGGUAUCUUUAACUCGACUCGAGAGUGCCCGUUUCCUACUGACGUGUUGGCCGUCGUUGUUGAGGUUCAGCCGAUAUCUUCUGUCACCGCAAGGAGCAGCGGCGAAGAACUCAAGCGCCGUGUGUUGAAAGUCCGGGACAAAUCCCAAAUGGAAAUGGAGAUAAGCCUGUGGGGAGAGCAAGUUGACUGUAUAACAGAGACAGCAGCCAUUCCUCAGGUUUAUGGUAUCACGGCCCUCAACAUCCGUGACUGGAGAGGGGCCAGGAGUGCCAGCACGACAAAGUCAUCACAGAUACUGAAGGCAGGAGCAGGCCUUCUGUCUGCUGAGGAAGAAGUUACUGCAGCAGAAAUGCUGCAGUGGUACAUCACUACGGGUAGCAGCCUUUCCUUCCUCAGUAUGUCUCGUGGGGGGCCUUUGGGUGAAGGGACGGCCAACGAGCGCAAGCCCGUGCAGGAAAUGGGCAUCAAAGAAAUCAAGGACAAGAAUGAACCUGGGAUUUACGCUUUUGUGGCUCAAGUCCGCCGUGUGUAUUGGAAGCCGCGGCAGCAGCAGCAGCAAGGGCAGCAGCAGCAGGAUAUCUACACAUAUGCUGCCUGUCCCUCAUGCAGGAAGAAGCUGCACGCAGAUUCAGGCAAUGAAUAUUCGUGUUAUCCCUGUAAUACAAACCACGUAGCACCUGACUGGCGAUAUAUGCUGCUUGCGUCUUUCAUCGAUAGCACAGGCUCUAUAAGCUGCAGAUGCUUCGCUGAUAUGGGACAGUCCUUGCUAGGGCUUCCCGCCUCUGAAGUACGAUGUUGGGAUACGGAGAAGAAAGAGGAGUUCUUUGACUGGCACUCCAUUCUCAAAAGCUUCUUCAGAGUUACAGUAAAGGCGGAAUUCGAUAAUUACAAUGGAGAGCAACGCAUGCGCUAUACAGCGCUGCGGGUAGAGGCCCUGGACUCACACAGCUUCUCUCUUCUGCUGCACCAGCAGCUCAAAGCCGCAGUCCCGACGUUGACUGACUUCGCUGCAAGCAAGAAGGCUAAGCUAGAGGCGGACGACACCGAAUUUGAGCCUAACACGAAGCGGCCUCUAGUUGAGGCCCACUAA